AUGGAUAAUCUCAGCCAUCACAGAAAGGCUUCCUUAGUUCUUGAAGGAGAAGACUGCUUCUUCAAUAGAGUUCUUUCCAAAGAUUCGUCAGUGGGAUGUUCGUCGCGAAUUCUUUACUACCGGAGCCCCGAAGGCGUUCCUUUUAAAUGGGAAAUGCAGCCGGGUACGCCCAAAGAUCCCCCGAAAGAAGACGUUCUCCCGCCGCUUAGCCCACCGCCCGCGGUGCUCAGCUUAGGAUAUCCGAAGCCAUGCAUUAACGUCGACGAACCGCCUAGGGUUUCGAUAAGAUCAAGGCUCAUGUUUUGGAAACAUAGCAAGAAAAGUCAAGGGAGUAAUAAUAAUAAUAAGAAGAAGAAGGUUCAAGCCGCGAAUAAUGAGAUUUUUUCAGAUAAUUUUGUUAAUUGUGAUCAGUUUUAUAGCUCGGAUGGUGAUGAAGAUUUCAUGGCUUCAUCAUCUUCACCUGGUGAUUCAAGAUCUUCUUCUUCUUCUUGUUCCUCGUUUUCUUUCUCGAACAUACGUUCUUCGCAUUCGUCGCGAUUGCAGAGUCCCGCCAGGGAAUCAGUAGAUCGUCCUCAUCAUCAUCACCAUCAGCUUUCUGGUUGUAGUCCUUUGAAUCUCAGUUCGGUUCUUGUUCGCGUCACCAAAAGAUGAACGAUCAGAUACUAAUUAAAGGCCUAUUUAGGG